GUCACUUCACAGUAAUAUUCCUGCAGAAUUUUCCAUAAAUAUUAGAAGAACUUUAGAAACUUUAUUAAGAAUACUUAACCCAGCUAAGAUAAAGCAGUGCCUGGAUUGCAAAUACCGUGUGCCUGUAUUGCAAAUAUAAACGCGUACGAAUGAAUAGGGCAAAACCUAGAGCGUAGUUUUGCAUGUGAAGCUAGAGGAAUCUACUUCCUUCGUUUCAUAUUACUCGUCGCUGAUUUAGUAUAAAGUUUGUUUGGAAUUAUUUGUCUCGGAAAUGGAUGUAUCUAGAUUAGCGACAAGUAAUAUGAAACGCAGGGAGUAGCAUCAGGCCACUAGCUGUCCGCUAGCUUCAGAAUAAUACGGAGGAGAAGGAAUCAAGAAUAGGGGGAUACGAAGAAUACAUUGGGACCUUGUCAGCUUUCUCCCAUGCAUGUCGGAUCAUGAGCAGGGAUUGGGCGGUCCUGAUAUGCGCUGCAUACGGAACGCGAGCGUAAAAAACCGCAUCCCGCAAAGCCGCACGCAAACCCUCCUCUUCCUCCUCCUGUGACUCACCUGCGCUGCACGCACGCCGGCGUUCAAACUUCGAACGUGCUUCACUUGUCACCUGAUCAUCAUCAGCAUGGACGCCAUGUCGUGCCUGCUGCCGCCACCACCGGCGUCGUUCCUCUCGGCCUCCUGCUCGCUCGGCCCUGCCUACUACACCGACGCCGCCCUCGCGCGCGCGCUGAACUUCUCGUCCAUGCCCGAGUACGAGUACGACUACUCCCCCGCGGUCUCCUCCCCGUCCUCCGCCUCGGCGCCCUCCUCCUCCUCCCUCCUCGCGGACUUCCCGUACAGCGCGGGCGAUGGCAGCAGCUGGUUCGCCUCCACGGCCGCGCCGGCGACGGGUUCACUCGCCUGCGACUCCGUCCUUGUCGCGUCAGACGCGCCGCCGCGUCCGCCGUCCACCCCCGUGGGCGCCGCGGCGAACAAGAGGCGGGCGGGCCUGGGGCCCAACGCGGCGGGCGCGGGGCGCGCCGGGAAGCGGCGCGCGCGGGCGUCGAAGCGCGCGCCCACCACGUACAUCAGCACCGACCCCGCCAACUUCCGGCUCAUGGUGCAGCACGUGAUGGCCGUCCAGGCCGAGCCGGGCGCGCCCGAUGGAAGCGGCGCACUCCUGCCCGCGUCGUUCGACGCGUCUUCCGGCGCGGCGCUGCUGGACUGCCACCCGUUCGACGGCGCGCUGCUGAUGCCGGCCGACGUGGACGCCGCGGAGCUCCAUCGCCACCACCACCAGCAGCAGCAGCCGUGCUACCCGACGCUGGACUCGUGGAGCGUCAUGUACGAGAGCAGCCAGCUGCUCUAGCUCCAGCCGAUCGAGCUCCAUGUUCUCCAUGCAUUAUUAACCACGAGUAGUCCAGGACCGCCGUAGAUUUCUCAGUACUUACAGCUCCUGUAGUAGUUCUUUUGUCCGGUCCCUAAUUAAUGUAUGUAUUUUUCCA